AUGGAUCCAUUAACCGUUUUGGCUUUUUGUCCGACGGGUGAGUUUGCUCGCAUAGAACGUGUGAUCAGAGAGUGGUCUGGUGUAGAGGCUGUUGGAUCUCUGCGAAUCAAAGAACGUAAAAAAGACAUCACAAAUGUAUUCAUCAAAUUUAAUAGCGAAGAUAUAGCUAGAAGUGCUUCUUUGCAAAUUGAUGAAGUUCCCGGUCUUUAUUUGACCGAUGAAGAGAAAGGUGAAAAGCAGAAAGGCGCUAAGAGGAAUGCAACAAAAGGAAGGUCGAAAACUGUUGAGAUUGAAUUAAUGAACUUUGGUACAUACAAUCAAGAAAAAGUUGCAUUGGAACAGCAACGAAAAAAAGGUUUUGAACGGAAUCGACAGGACCGCGAAAGCAGGGGCCGAAGAACUCAGCGCGGAUUCAGAGGGUUUAUUAACAACAGAGGAACUAAACUGCGACCUUUCAUUUUUCCUUCAGCGCAGGUAAAUGUGGCUUUUGUUGAUAAUAUUCCAUUUAACAUGACUAACGAUCAGCUAACUGAAGUGUUUUCCCCUUUUGGUCGCGUUCUUGAUAUCAACAGGUAUGAACUUAUGGCCAUGAUUUUUUACGAUUCUCCAGAAUCUGUUUUGCGGUGUAUUCAGCAGCUUAACGGAAAAACUGUCAGGGGGAAUAUUAUUUCAGUCAGCAGCGGAUCCGUUCGGAUCCCAGGUCCAGUGGCGCUUCAAAUGGGGAUAUAG